AUGAUGCGGUUGGCCAUUACGGAACAAUGGACAUUCAAGAGGAAGAAUCAGUUGUUGCCGGACCACCGGCUUCAGAUUCCGGGCUUGUCUGGCAAGUUCGAAUCUCUUCGUCGCCUUGAGCCGGGGGAGGCAGAGAAGACAUUGGGAGUAAUGCUCGCGCCACUCGAGGACCAGAAGGCCCAUGUUACACAUCUGAAGGGUAUUGCCAAAAGGUGGGCUGAACAAGUUGCGUCUGGUCACCUUCACAAAUACGAUGUGAUCCCCUUGAUCAAGUCCACUGUUAUGAAGUCACUAGAAUAUCCAAUGACGCUAUUGACACUGGAGGCCGCAACAUGGGUGGAUAUUAUGAGCCCGGUUCUACAGGUCUGCCUGCCGAAAGCCGGCAUCUGCAGAAGUUUUCCGUGUGAUAUGGUGUUUGCUCCAUUGAAGUUCCAAGGCCUGGGCAUCCCACAUCCGUUUGGCUCACAGGUUUCCAAGCAUAUCGAAACUCUCCUCCGUCAUUCGACCAACAAGACAAAAACCGGAGCCUACCUGGAAGCCGCUUUGCAAGAACACCAGCUCGAAACGGGCACUUCGUUUGGUAUCUUUCAGCAGGAUUAUUGCAACACUGCCGUCUUGGCUUCCGAUACAUGGAUAAAGCGAGUCUGGAAAGAACUGGAGAACAUGGACAUCUAUGUGGCCUUUGAUUCUCCGGCCUUACCACUACGAUGCGUCGGUGAUGCUCUGCUUGUGGAAGUGUUUAUGGAUUUGGAGGUGAACCAAGACGAUCUGAAAUGGCUCAAUUCAUGUCGUAUGUUCCUUCAAGCGUGCACCGUUUCCGACAUUGUCACGGCUGAUGGACGAUGCAUCCGCCAGUCGGCUUGGUGCGGAGAGCGUGAUGGAAUUCACCGGUCCCCAUAUCAAUGGCCCCGGACAGUUCGGCCAAACCGGAAUCACUGGCGUCUAUGGCAGGACACCUUGACCCGGGCACUCCUGCAGUCGGAUGACCCCUCUCACCAUCUCCGCCAACCGUUGGGCACUUGGUUUGACUCUAUUGACGACUGA